AGUCCAACAAAGCAAUCAAAGGAAGGAAAUUGAAAGCUUCAGCAUGCCUUCUUCUUCAACUACUCUUGUUUCUAAGUGCACCAUUUUCCCAGACCGAAAAUCCGACAUCAAUACCUUAAAGCUCUCAGUUUCAGACAUCCCCAUGCUCUCCUGUCACUAUAUCCAAAAAGGGGUCCUCUUUAAUUCCCCUCCUUUCUCCUUCCACGACCUCCUAAUUUUCCUCAAGCAAUCUCUUUCCGCCACCCUCUCCUACUUCCCUCCGUUAUCCGGUCGUCUUACCACCGACUCCGACGGUCACGUCCACAUCGCCUGCAACGAUGCCGGCAUAGACUUUCUGGAGGCCAAAGCUCCUCAACUUUCCAUCAAACACAUUUUGCCUCCCGGAGAAGAUGUCCCCGAUUUUGUCAAGGAGUUCUUCACCUACGACAACACGAUUAGUUACUUGGGUCAUUCCAUGCCGUUGGCGGCGGUUCAGGUGACGGAGUUAAUGGACGGGGUUUUUAUUGGGUGCACGGUGAACCAUGCCGUGACUGACGGGACUUCGUUGUGGCACUUUUUCAACACCUUCGCUGAGAUUACUAAAGGAGCUUCAAAAAUAUCAAAAUCCCCCGAUUUCUGCCGGAACACUGUGUUUAAUUCUCAAGCCGUGUUGAAAUUCCCUCCCGGCGGACCCACGGUUACUUUCGCCACCGACGAGCCGUUGAGGGAAAGGAUUAUCCAUUUUAGCAGAGAAGCCAUUUUAAAACUUAAAUACAGAGCUAAUUAUGGUUGCUUAUUAACUAAACAAACCAAUAAUAAUACCCAGGUUUUAGGGAACCUCGGUAACAACAAGGUGAAUAACAGUAACUCAGAGAUUUCGUCUUUCCAGUCGCUUUGUGCUCAGCUAUGGAGGUCGGUGACGCGCGCCAGGAAAUUGGAGCCGACCAAGACGACGACGUUCAGGAUGGCGGUGAACUGUCGACACAGGCUGGACCCAAAGUUGGAGCCGUUCUACUUCGGGAAUGCGAUUCAGAGUAUCCCGACAUAUGCUGAAGCCGGUGAGCUCCUGGCUAAGGACUUGAGCUGGGGCGCCCAUCUGCUACACAAAAACGUGAUAGCGCACGACGACGGCACGGUGCGUAGAGGAGUAGCGGAUUGGGAGGAGCAACCACGGCUGUUUCCUUUGGGUAACUUGGACGGUGCGUCGAUCACGAUGGGAAGUUCUCCUAGGUUUCCAAUGUACAAUAAUGAUUUUGGGUGGGGGCAGCCUUUGGCGGUGAGGAGUGGUAGGGCCAACAAGUUCGACGGCAAGAUUUCGGCGUUUCCGGGGAGAGAAGGGAAUGGGAGCGUUGACUUGGAGGUUGUUUUGGCGCCGGAAACAAUGGCGGGGCUUGAGAAUGACGUCGAGAUUAUGCAGUACGUAUCCGAGGUCGAGUGAGUGCGUACGGUGUAUUUGAAGAGGGAAACAAAUUGUCUCCUAGCCUGGGUGGCCGUAUGAUUACAUAUCUUGGGGUGAUCUUUGGACAGUUUUGAUUUCAUUUACCACGUGAAAAAAAAAUCACAUUUCAGUUUAUAUUUCUUUUUUCAGUCACGUCAAUUUAGUUAAAUAUCUUUUGUUAAUUUCAUCUUUAAUUGUUUCAUGGAUUAAAUUACCAUGACCAUGUUUUCCGAAA